AUGAGCGAAUCAACACUUGAGUGGUUUGGGGCCACAACGUUUCGGCUACGGACCAGGGGAGUCACCAUCUUCCUAGACACAUGGCUCGACAGACCAUCGGUUCUGCCAAAAUAUCUUGCCGUUGACGAUGUGACAGAGGCCGACUAUAUCUUUAUAUCACACGCGCACUUUGACCAUUUACCUGGAGCCGAUCGAAUCGCCAUCAAAACCGGUGCAAUCGUCGUGGCCAAUUGUGAAGCCAUCAACUGCUUGAGGUUGGCAGGAGUGCCAGAAGAGCAACUAAUUCCAGUCCAAGGCGGCGAGCGCAUUCCCCUGUUUACGAAGGAUGUUCGAGAAAAGGCCAGACACGACUCUACUUUGAGACUACCUGGUCCUCCUGGUGCGCCAAUUCAUCCAGUCCAUACUCUGGCUGCUUUUUCUGUGCACGUUUGGCCAUCUCUGCACUGCUUAAUGCCAGACGGGCAUCCCAUUGUGAUGGACACAAAGACUGUCUACAUGGGCGCGGCUACCCCUUACUCGUGUACGCUGGAUAUCACAAUGGGCAUGCAGCAUGGCCUUCUGAAGCUGGGCGAGCUUGUACCGCCAGAGAAACUUGAUGAAGGGCAACUGUCAUUUAUUGACUAUGUCAACGAUCGAAAACGAAAUGUGUUUUCCCAUUGCGAUGGAGGGCAGCUAAUGUACAAUUUCAUCAUUGACCACAAGGCGCUACUUUGGAGCUCACAUCUCGGCGGCUAUGAGAGUGUUCUCAAGAGUAUGCAUCCGAAACCUGAUAUAGCAAUUUUGGGUAUCGCUGGGCGUGCCAACCUGGAUGGCAGGCCCUUUGAUGGAUGCGCUGCGGAUUUUGCCGUGAAACAGAUCAAAUGGCUUGACAGCCCUUCUCAAAUCAUUUGGUGUUUGCAUGAUGAAAGCUGCAUCCCGCCAUACAGAAUUGAUACCACUGCUGCAACAUUGGCUGUCGAGACAGAAACACAGUCGAAAGUCCUAGAUCUGAGGCAUGGGGAUAGUGUUUGCCUAGACCUCUAG